GGGUCGGAGGAGGGGCGAGAUUCUGGGGGCGGGGCAACUCCAAAAUCGUCCCGCCCCCUCCCAGGAGGCUCCGCCCCGCCUCGGCCGAGCCGUGCGCAUGCGCAGUAAGGAGAAAGCGUAUUAUGAUGUAGGCGUGGCGAUAUCCAUAUACGGUGCUCGAGGCGGGGCCUAAACACGGGUGCUGGGCGGGGUCUACGGGCGGGGCUAUGCAGACACAGGGCGCGGUGGGCGGGGCGGGGCCCCUGCGCAGGCGCAGUGCGGGCGGGCGCGCCGGGCGCGGGGCCGCGGUUUAAAGGGGCCGCGGCGCGGGUAGCCCGGAACGCCCCGGAACCCCCGGGAGCCCCGGGAAUCCUGAGACCCCCGGGACCCCUGGGACCCCCCGGGGCCCUCAGCAUCCUCCCGGGACUGCCGCGAAGCCUCCGAGCCCGCCAUGGUCUGCGGAGGCUUCGCCUGUUCGCGCAACGCGCUCUGCGCCCUCAACGUGGUUUAUGUGCUGGUGGGGGUGCUGCUGGUGGCCGUGGCGGGCUGGGCGCGGGGCCUGGCCGGGGGUUCCAGCCCCCCCCUGCUCGGAGGAGCCUUCGCCGUCGGAGUCUUCCUCCUGCUGAUCGCGGCGCUGGGGCUGCUCGGGGCCCUGCGGCACCACCAGGUCCUGCUCUUCUUCUACGUGCUGAUCCUGGGCCUGGUGUUCCUGUGCCAGCUCGGCGUGUCCUGCGCCUGCCUCGCCCUGGGCCGCGACGCUCAGGAGCGGCUGCUGCGCUCGGCCUGGCCGCUGCUGAGCGGGGGGGCGCGGGGGGAGCUGCAGCUCCGGCUCGGCUGCUGCGGUUUGGGGGAGCCCCCCGGGACCCCCACCCCGGGCAGCGCCCCCCCAGGGAGCCCCCCCGACCUGGAGCCCCCCUGGGGACCCCCGAACUGCCCCGCUAGGUGCCAGUUCCCCCCGGGGGGGGCCCCGCCGUGCCCCCCCUGCGCCCCCCAGCUGCUGCAGCACUCGGAGCAGGCGCUGAGGAUCCUGGGGGGGGUCGGGCUGUUCUUCAGCUUCACCGAGGUUCUGGGGGUCUGGCUCGCCCUGCGCUUCCGGAACCAGCGCGACCCCCGCGCCAACCCCGGAGCCUUCCUAUAGCGGGGGGGCCCUGGGGGGGCACAGCUGCAAUGGGGGGGGGUCCUGAACCUGGGGGGGGUCCUGAACCCCCCAGUGCUGACCAGCUGCCCCCCCGCAGCCGCAUGAAGCACUGGGGACAAGGACACCCCCCCCCCCCAAAAUCAUGGGGUGACCCCCCCGGGAGGGCUGUGACCCCCCCGCGGCGGGAGGGGCCCGGGGCAGAGCCCCCCCCCCACACAAAUCCAUCUCAGUCUGAGCUCUCCAAACUGGUUUGUACUGGUCAUUUACCCCCCCCCCACCUUGGGGGGUCACAGGCACCCCCACACUGUGGGGGGGGCACAAGGGGCAGGACCCCCCCAAAGCGACCCCCCCCCCUUCCCCACACACUACCCCCCCCUUGGGGGCUGGGGGGGGGGGUCACAAACUCCCCAAAUCCAUCAGCACCCCCCCAUCCCAGCACCCCUAAACUGGUCUGGACUGGUUUACACCGGUGACCCCCCCAAUGUGUGUCACCCCCCCCCAGACCCAUUUUGGGGGGCAGGGGGACACCUCCCC